CUCCCUUCAUUUGCUGACCCCCAACCUUUGUGCCUUUCUUCUUGCGAAGCUUAAACGUCGCUGCCUCGGUACCUGUGAGAUGGCAAUUGGGACAUGUACAUAACUAGGCCCACAGGCUGGCACUUCUCCUGCAGUUCUACUGAUUAAUGAACAGGAUUCGCCAACGAUCUUCACCCCUAUAUAUAAUCCUUGUUUGAGUGGGAUCGUCCCCAAUCCCACAGGGACCAGAUGACCUUCAUUAGCAAUAUACUACUACAUAAAUUGCUAUUUCAUCCGGGGAGUGUUUAGAGUCACGGAGAUUCACUUCCGAUGGACCUUUCCGCUGUCCAAAGUACAAUUAAGUUAUCCACAAUAUGUUUCUCUUUUUGGACGCGUCCUCCACAAACCCCCAUAUAUAAUCACCUGCUAAUGCUACGGAAGGGGUUCCUCACGCCUACCUCCUCUCACCUUCGACGAAGCCUACUCCAAAAACGACCGCAAGGCCAUGCCCUCCAUACCGAAAUCGAAACCUACACCCCCUACUCCAGCUAAACCACCUACUCUUAAACGACCCUCCUUACCUCCACGGUUCCCAACAGCAGACAAGGAUAUCCGUGCUCCACUGGAGAGCGCCGAGGGACGUGUGCUGGUACUCUGUUUCGAUGGUACUGCCAAUGAGUUUGAUGAUACCAACACGAAUGUGGCCAAACUGUUCUCGUUCCUCGAGAAGAGUUCGCCUAAACAACUCGUUUAUUACCAGACGGGGAUUGGGACCUACAUUGGACCCGGUAUCACUUCUCCCAUAUUCAAAUGGUUAGCAAAAACCGCCGACCAAGGCAUCGCACUUUUCCUCGAUCAGCAUAUCAUUGGUGGAUAUCGUUUUCUUCAGGAAAAUUGGAAACCUGGCGAUAGGAUUUGUCUCUUUGGCUUUUCUCGCGGAGCGUAUACGGCUCGUGCUCUCGCCGGUAUGCUUUACACCGUUGGCCUACUUCCAAAGGGAAUGCCAGAACAGGUUGAUUUCGCAUACUCGAUAUAUAAAAAAGGGAUUAGAAGCACAGCCUACAAACGAGCCUUCGCUCGAACCGUCACAAUAGAAUUCAUUGGAGUUUGGGAUACCGUCUCCUCAGUUGGAGCAAUCAUCCCUCGAGUCCUCCCCUUCUCAUCCGAUAACCAUAUCACCAAAACCUUCCGACAUGCUGUUUCAUUGGACGAACAUCGGGCAAAAUUCCGUUCCAACACAUGGCAUUUGACUGUUGAUCCUGAGCACGAGGACAAGGAGAAUAUGCCAGAAGCUGGGAUACUUCGGACUCUUUGGGGAAAGUUGAAGAGGUUCGAAGAGGAGAUAACGAGGACUGAUGAGGAGGAUGUUGUGGAUGUCGAGAGGGAGGAAUUGGAUCGAGAGGGCGGGUUGUUCGACAGGCCUCCUACUGAUGUUCGGGAAGUUUGGUUUUCUGGGUGUCAUUGCGAUGUUGGGGGAGGAAACGCCAAGGACUCGGAACGAUACGCGCUCUCGAACGUUCCCCUACGAUGGAUGCUGAAAGAGAUCAUCGCAGCAGACACCGGAAUCAUGUUCCGCAAGGGCGAGAUGCACCGGCAUCGCAUCUCGUAUAUCAAACUCGUCGAGGAAGCGAACGUUGCUCGUGCCGAAAGGAUGGAAAGGGAAAAGGCAAUGAGCCAUCGGGAUGAAGAUGCAAACGCAAUUAGAAUGGGGUUGGAUCAUAAUGAGUUUUCGACGGAGACGAGUAGGGAGCAGUUCAAGAGCGCGAAGGAAGCGAUGACGAAUCUGGGUCAUCCGGAAAGGAAAGAUGCUUCGACGGGAGCUACGCUCAUUCCAGAGAAUGUGAACCCCGACUCCAAGAUUCACAUCACCCUCGAGAACACCGAUGCUGACGCAUCCAUUGAGAUAAAAGGCAAGAAGAGUGCAGAUGGAGGUACAACCGAUGACGAGGAUGGCGAGGUCGAGCCCGACGUCAUUCCUAAAGCGCCCGCCUAUAAAUUGCCGAAGCAUGAGAGGCAGAGGUACAAGGAUGCUGUUAGUCCGAUAACGGACGAGUUGACGAGACAGCCUGUCUGGUGGUUGUUGGAGUUGUUGCCAUUUAUCAGUUCACAUCAGGACGAGCAUGGACAUUGGAGGAAUUAUUUGCGGAUGAACGUCUUCCGCAAACGUGACAUCCCGAUGCCCCCAGCCCAUUCCAAUCCCAACUCAGUUCAUAACGAGUCUCAUCUUGGUGUGAACCUUCCUUCCAAUACUCUCUUCCAUGUCUCGGUGAAAGAGAGGAUGGAAUCGGAGGAGUGCAAAUAUGCUACUUGGAAGACGCUUUGGAGGAAGAAAACGGAGUCUUAUCGACCGAGGGCUUGGCCAAGUCAUGGGGAACCCUUGUUUGUCGAGUAAGUGAUGUUGCGGAGUGAUGAACCUUUUUUUUUUUUCCCAUCUCCUUUGCCUCCUGGUUAUGGCCGGGAUUGCUAAAUUCCCCGUUCCACGCUGUUGCUCUCCCAUCCCUUAUGUACCUCUUGAAUUUAUCCUACCCGCAAUGUUAUGCCAUCUCUCGUUUGCUUUGUAGUUUCGUUGAUAGCUCCGCUUGCCAUCUCACUCUUUUCUCGAAUUUCUUUUAUUCCCACUUAUCUCUCGAUCACUGCCAUAUGCAUUUUGCUGCUACGAGUAUCAGACACGCACCAUGCCUCGCGUGGGGAUCUUGUCAAUUUUGUGGUGUCUUGGAUCUGGAGAAAGAACAAGGGCUCCGACCGGAGCGCUGUCCACGAGAAGCCACAUAAUUCAGAGUCAAAGUCAC